CUCAAGCAAUAUCUAGAAAAUUUAUUAAAACUACAUGUACUUUCAGAUUGAUUUCUGUUACACUUGGUAAUAGCUUAUGUUGUACGACAGUGUUUUUCUUUUUUUGAUAUAUCAUAACGAGUCUACGCAACCAUGCCGUUCCUAGAUACAUACAUCGCCCAUGAAUUAUUCACAAGGCUUGAUUCUCUUUACAGGGCGUUUACACAUGCUGCAGGCGCCGAGGUUAACGGAGGCCCAGCCCCACCAGGUUCCGAAAUAACCCAGAAGGAGCGCGAGCUUCACUGUAUUAUACCACGCGUACUAAAUAUUGUCAGCCAAGCCGAAGCUCUUGUAAAGGAUGGUUACACAUUAAAACAAAUGCAUCCGCUCAUUCGGUCUGAUCUCAAGGAAGUUUUACGAGCUUCAAAACAAGAUAUCGGCGGCCCGUUCUACGAUGAGUUACGCCGAGUACAGCCUGUCCCUUUACAGGUCAAUGGCUAUGAAAAAUAUCCAGAGUUGAUGAAGACCAUCGAAGAAGCCGAAAGAUUUUUACCAGAAUGUCGCAUCCCAGAGCCAUUCGACCUGCCUACACUGCCCUGUGGAUCCGGUCCAAUGUAUGUAGGACGGCGUCGAAAAAAGUCCGAUGACUCACGAAGUAUACAGAACUUCCUAGCCAAUAGUAUAUUCAGUUUGGCGCAGUUUAAGGCCAUGUUGAUAGCACGGUGUGCACAUUCCUGGACGUCCCUCUGGCGUGCAAAUUACAAUUAUGAUGAUGUGCCGCUGCCCACAAGAUCCUCAAUCCGCUUGGUUAGGAUCAACCCAACACCGGACGGGAAGAUUAAUCUGUCCCUACGCGCCGUGGAUUUGAGCGACGACCCGAUUUACGCAACUCUUUCAUACACAUGGGGCCCUCCCCUAACCAUAUUCCGAACGGAUAGAGAGCGGCGCAAAGUUCAGUCACAAGUCGAGGAUCCUCGGUCGCAAGUAACGGUGCCGAUUAUCUGCAACGGAAAGUCUCUGCGUAUAACAGAGAAUCUCUAUAGAUUUCUCCGUCGUUGGCGAGAAGGAUCAAUAAAAGGCCCAGUUGAGGAAAAUGCCCCAGGAAAAAGUGAGAUCUGGAUUGAUGCAAUAUGCAUAAACCAAAAUGACUUCGACGAGAAGAGCAUACAGGUAGCAAAAAUGGGGGAGAUCUACAGAAAGUGCCAGGGGGCAUACGUCUGGCUUGGAGAAGAGGAUUGUUUCUCUCGGAUUGCCAUCCCACUUCUCUACCGAAUAGCCAUGUUCCCAGGAGACUGGAACUCUCUCCGAGUGCUAGGCGUAAAAGAAGCUCAGCUCGAACUUCGGAGCCGCGGGGUACCGUCCGUCCAGUCGUGGGAUUUUAUGUGCCUUUUCGCAUUUUUUAAUCGUUCAUGGUUUCAUCGCGCGUGGGUUUGUCAAGAGGUUGCUUUUGCGCCGGAACUCUGGAUCUACUGCGGUGACGUCAAAAUCGCUGACUGGCUAGUCUUGGCUUUCGCGGUCUUAUAUAUAUUCUUGACUCCAUUGAAUCGCCUCAUAGCCACGACAGCCUUCUGGGAGAUCUCUGGGUUCGACCCCGCAGAUCACAUCGAUCUAAGUGGUCAAGGUCCGCUUGGCUUCAACCGUAAAGGACGGGGUUCACCCCAUCUCAAGCUAUUCCAUUCAGAUGCCGAUGGUUCUUUCCAAAACUGGGGAGCGUCCAUUAUGCACAUGGAAAACAUCAGGAGAACAGGUAAUCCAGUGAAUCAAGGCGACGUCCCCUUGAUUACCAUCGAGCCGGUAGUUCCAUACAAUUCCAUAUUCGAAUUAUUCAUGACGUCCCGAAUAAUGAAAGCCACAAACCCACGAGACAGGGUAUACGCGUUUUUAAACUUAGCAAAGCGUCCUUGCUACGUCCACCCUAUACCCCACUCGAGCAGACGAGAAAUAGAGCCGAACUACUAUUUGAGAGUUGAAGAAGUAUAUUUAGAAGCCAGCUGGUAUUUACUUCUGACGGAACAGAACUUGAGCCUCCUAUCACGUUCAGAGCAGCGCAGCGGAGUGGCUAAGGAUAUGCCGUCGUGGGUGUUGGACUGGGAGGCGCCGAUAAUGACUCAAAACUUCACUGAACCAUUGCAUGAGCCAGACUGGAGAGCUUCCGGUGACUCGACUUGGGAGAUCCCAGAGUCGCAACUCUAUCAGCCAUCGCUCAGAGUGUCAGGUUGGAAGACAUCCGCCAUAUCUGCUGUGGUAGAAGGUGAAUUCUGCCUGGGGAAGGCAGCUUUGGUCGCUGCCGAUCUCCCAGAGAUCUGUCGGUUGGUUUCUGGUAACCAAUCUAGAGUUGAGGUGUUGUGGCGCACACUAACUGGCGAUCAUGUUGAUCGACAAAGCCCGGCCCCUCAGCACUGUGAGCAGAUCUUCCGGCAUCUGUGGAAGCGGGUACUAGAGGAACCUCAGACUGACAAGGGAAUUCCGGAACGUAUGCGACAAGCCGAAGACCAACUCCACAUUUGCCCCGAAGCAUUUACGGACGUGCCGCCGGAGGCUCCGACUAGUGACUUUGACUUCAUUUCUCGGUGCAACAGGACCAGUGGUAUGAGAACAAUAUUCCGAACAGACGCGAACUAUCUCGGAAAUGGCCCUAGACCACUCAAAGUUGGUGAUCAAGUGUGGGUAUUAGCUGGCGCCGAUAUUCCGUUCAUUCUUCGCCCCCAAUCCUACGGUAAAUACCAGCUCGUAGGUGAGGCGUACGUGCAUGGAAUUAUGAGAGGAGAGGCCAUUCACGAGCCAGGCGCAAUAUUAGAAGAAAUAGAGCUUGUCUAGUAAAAGUACAGACACCGAGUCGGGAAAAAAAGUAAAUACACCAUUAUGAGGAUGAGGGAUACCAGGAGCCGUCGAAGAUGAAUAUUUGUGGCAGAAUGUUGUAUUGGAGUAGGUGGACGUCGCAGGGUCGAAAUUCUUAACUAAUUUAAAUAACAGUGGUCGUACCUACCGUCUCUGGGGGUGUCAGUUGCCCUCUAUUUUACACUUUGUCUAGCGGAUGAUUAAGAUGCAACCAAGAUCAGUGUGGGGUUCUGAUCACUUACCUAAAAUUACCUAGCCGAAAUGGUAGGCGGUGAAUUUCUGCUGGCAAAACUUCCUCCCAAAUCGAUUUGCAACCCGAAUUUUAUUUUGUCUUAAAGCUACAAUACCUACAACUAUCGCAAUGGCAAGCUUCGAACAAGACCGGCAAAAGGUAAGUCAAU